AUGAACAAAAUAGAACAAAAGCAGACUGUAUGUGGAAAGUGUGGAAAAACACAUUACUUUAAAGAAUGUCUGGCAUAUGGGAAGCAGUGUCGUACAUGUAAAGGUAAUAACCAUUUUAGUAACAUCUGUCUUAAAAAAAUAAAUAACGGUAAUUCAGGUAAUGUAAAAAACAGAUAUGUAAGGACUAAUAAAAAUAAUAGUAUAAAGAACAUUAAAAUGGUGUAUGAAAUGAAGGAAGAUGAAGUAUUAUUUUUAGACAACAUUAAUGUGUAA